AUGCAAGAGAUCCUAUCCAGCCAGUCCAGUACCUGUAGCGAACCGAGCCAGAAGGACCAGUGGAUACCCGACUCGAAGACAAGGGGAGUAAGGAAGGAAGCUAAAGCAAGCCUAGCCCUGAAAGCGAGAGCCCGAGGAUCGAGAUCUAGCAUUUCAACCAAAAGUCCUUUAACCUUUGGUCAAGGGUUUGAUAAACCACCGACUUGCCCAGUACUUUCACGAUCAGUGCUCUGCACCAUGGUUUCAAAAGAGCUUGCCUGGGAGACACCGUGGCUAGUUACCGUACUGGCAUUCAUACGGUCUUACUUCCACAAUCACAGCCAGCCGUCUUGUCUCCAGUCGAAGCUAGCUCUACAACCUCUGGUUUAUCCUAAAGCGGAUUAA